GUUAAAAUGGCCGACAUCAACCCGAAUCACACGAUCUAUGUGAACAAUCUCAAUGAGAAAGUCAAGAAAGAUGAACUCAAACGCUCUCUUCACAUGGUUUUCACACAAUUCGGUGAAAUAAUUCAGCUAAUGUCAUUUCGAAAGGAAAAAAUGCGCGGACAAGCACAUAUCGUCUUCAAAGAGGUCUCAUCAGCGUCAAAUGCUCUUCGAGCCCUGCAAGGAUUCCCAUUUUAUGGAAAACCAAUGAGAAUUCAAUAUGCAAGAGAGGAUUCUGAUGUGAUUUCUCGUGCCAAAGGAACUUUUGUCGAAAAACGACAAAAAUCCACGAAAAUCGCCAAAAAACCAUAUGAAAAACCGGCGAAAAAUGGAAAAUCGGCAGCGGAGCCGACUCAAAAGGAGCCGCAGGAGACUGACGGACCAGGAUUGCCGAAUAAUAUUCUUUUCUGCUCGAAUAUUCCAGAAGGAACCGAGCCAGAACAGAUUCAGACCAUUUUCAGCCAAUUCCCAGGACUUCGUGAGGUUCGCUGGAUGCCAAACACCAAGGAUUUUGCAUUUAUCGAAUACGAAUCCGAAGAUCUUUCAGAGCCAGCACGUCAAGCUCUCGACAAUUUCAGAAUUACUCCAACUCAGCAGAUUACUGUCAAAUUUGCCAGCAAAUAGGCACGGAAAUUGGCCCCGAAAAUCGCCUAAUUUAUUGAUUUUUUUUCGCAUCUGAAUCUCAUUUUCUCAUGUUUUAUGUGUGUUUUUCCCGAUUUUCUAUGAAUUUUGGUAAUUUUC